CCUACACAAAAAAAAUCAACUUUAAUUUCUUGUUCGAUUGAAGCAAGUGAUUCCUUUGCACAGGGAGAAAAAUACCUAAAGUUUCAGUCCGAUCUCAUAAAAGUUUUAUUCUUUAACUAGAUCAAAGUUUUGAUUAAUGACGGCGAUGAGAUUUAGUCCGAAUACCCUAAUUUGGUUUUUAAAUAUAUUCUAUUUUUUUUUUCAAUUUAAGAACCCUAAUCGAUACGUUGCUGUACCCGGCGCAGGAUUUAUGGCCCCUGAAAUCCCCAAUCCCAAUUCCGCCGGCGACUGGACCAUCGUCUCCCGUCGCCGUCGCGGCCGACUCAAGCCGCACCCACCGAAGAACCAACUCACUGCCGGUCACCGAUCACGGGAGGAUCCCCCAUCACCUUGGAUCCCCCUCGACCCCUUCGUCGACCAGGAGCUGCAGUCCAGGCUGCUCCGGAGGAUGGAGUCCACCAUCCAGAGGCUGGAAGGAUCCCCUUUCUACCGGAGGUUCCUUCACCGUCUUCGCGGCCCCCUGGUCCAGCGCGGCCUCGCUAGGGCUCUGUCAUCCGCCUCGGAAAUGCGCAUGGUCGUAUACGGCGUCGGCAGCAUCGAGUCUUCUGCCCCCUCGCGCUUCCAGCUCGCCCUCGCGGUCCUCCUCCGCCGGGAUCUCGGCCCGUCCGUGCCGUCCCUCGAGGUCUUCGACCCGGUUCUGUCCGCCACUGAGUGCGCCGUGUUGGCUGCGCUCGGCGGCACUGUGAUACCGGUGGACGAGAGGGGGCGGAGGGAGGCGAGCGAGCCUACGCUGUUCUAUAUGCCUCAUUGCGAGGCGUCACUGUACGACGGGCUUUUGGAGGUAAAUUGGAGGCCUUCCUGCUUGAAUAGGAUGGUGGUGCUGGGAAACAGCUUCACGGCAUACGAUCAGUAUGUGGAGCUGGGUCGGUCGGCUGCUUCCGCUGCCGUAGAGAUGGCCGCGAGGCGCCUUCUCCAGGUUAGAAGGUAUGUGACGGAAGUGGAGAUGGAGGAGAAGGGGGAGGCUGGAGUAGUCCUGGAGCAGACGAAGCAGGACGAGGAAGAUGGGAUUUUCAAGGCCUUUCAUGAUACAAGUUGGCAUUUCUUCGAGUUGGACGAUGAAGCCAAUUUGGAUUUCCUAAAGCAAGAUUUUUGCGGAUAAAUAUAAAAGGCGUUUUAUACUCGGCUAAUUAUAGCUGGAGCAAUGAUAAAUAGGUUGGACUACAAAUUAUAUAGAUGACUUUCAUGAUGCAUUACAUUGUAAUUUCUUGUGGUUUUUGAGACAGAGAAUGUUCUUGCUUUCUGGCGAUUGCCAUUUACGCAUGGGAGAUGAAUCGUACUACAGAGAGAAACAAAUUUUUUUUUUUUUUGUUGUCACAUUGGCAUUGUGGGAAUUCGGAAUCCAGGAUCAUAACAUUGAAUAUUUACCAGUCAAUUAUACAGGAGAACAGCACAUAGCAACUGCAAGCAGAUGCAAUUAGCAUACAGCACACUUUGCUAAUACUUGUACUAGUUUAGCAGGUCAGGCAAAGAUCUGUGUCCGGAAAGCUCCCAGAUUCGAGAUCACAACCGCGCUGCUGGCAAUAUCU